AUGGUCCGCCGGAUUGCGUCGCAGGUACACAAACAGGCGUCUCGACUGCUGCAAGGCAACUACCUCAAGGACCGUCCCGCAUGGUUCCAAGCUGUCCUUGACCACCCUCCUUUGCCUCUACCUCCGAGGGCACCGCCGACUCGAACUGGCGAUGACCGUCCUGCAAGGACCUCGUCCUCGCGUCCGCAAGACCCGAAAGUACUUCCUAUUAUCUACCUAGAGGAUGAGAUUCGAAGACAGUUCUUCCGUGACCAUCCAUUCGAGGCCUUCAGGCCGACAACGCUGACCGAGGGAGGGGCCAUUCGAGAUGAACAUCCCAUCCGAGGUAAGGAGUGGACGCGGCUACGGCAAAGAGGGCGCAAUCCCUCGCCAGAAGACUGCAUCCUGUUUACCCUCACCCUGCAUCGACAUCACAGUCUGUCCCUAAACCAGGCCUACAUCGCCGCCGUAGCACAGUUCCGCGCGCUCCGUUCAGAGCACUACGUCGCAACUCUUGUGGCGGCCAAGGAGGCUGAGCAGCACGGUGCCCGGUUCGGCGUGACGCAGACCGAUAUCCUGUUCCAGAAGGAGACGAAGGCUCUGGAGACGUGGAGAAAGAAGGAAGAGCAGGAUCUCAGUGCAAUGGCAUCUCGGAAGCGCUGGCGAGCCAUUGUCGAGCGCGACGGCCCUGUCACCGAGUUCACGAAGGGACGCGAGUACGUCAGGCUAUGGAAGGAGGGGAUACGACCAGAUUAUGCUCCCGUGCUUACAUCUCCAGAGAUCACAGAGGCUGAACGCACGGUGGAGGAAAAAUCGGAUUUCAUAGGUGUUAUGGCCCGGUAG